AAAAAACAACAAGUUACGGAAAAACCAAAUCAUGUCAAAAUAAGGAAUCCACAAACAGAUUUGGGGGAAAUAAUUGUGAGGAGAGGCCCGUGCAUUCACAUCCACCCGUGUGUGCUCUUGCUUUGGGCAGAGGUUUAGAAAACGCAUGGACAGCAGUAGAAAAGUUAUCUUUGUGAACAGGUUGGGAAACUUUUGGUCAAAAGGAAAAAAAAAAACUUGGGCUUUUCCUCGUUGCACGGAUGUGGUUUCGGGAUCCGACAACAUGUAAGUUCUGAUAACAGAGGCGAACUCGCCUACUUUCUAUGUGAACACCAGUUUAACCCGCUUUAACUUUGGCAACUUUUGUUUUCUUUGAGUAUUGUUUUGGUUUUCACGGAGGGAGUUGGAACACGGCGCGUGAAGGUGCAGGGAUUUACAAACAUCCGUGGACUUAAAAAUGUGUGCUUGUGAUCUCUAACAGAAAAAAAGGGCAUGAACAAUGGCUGGAAGAGAGAGGAACAAAACGCCUGUGUACCGCAGCGUCUCUUUCAAAAAGUUGGGCUCCUGGAGCGCCAACACUAGUGACGACCAGCAACACAAAUCAGAGGAUUUGGAGGCAGCUGGCGUCGUCGCCCUUCCCCCGGAGCACAGCAAAGCAGAACAGUCUUUGGCGGCGCAUACUGUCAGUGUGUCAAGAAAGGUUUCCAAAAUCUCUGCCACCACCGCCGCCGCCGCCAGCCUCCCAACCGCAGAGUCAAAGAGCGUCUCCACUCCUCUCUCCUCCAUUUCUCCAUCCAUCCGCCAGCUUACAGAGAAGUUCAGCAGCAGCAGCAGUGGCUCCGUCAGAACGCACGGAGCGUCACCGGGAGACUUUGCAGCAGUGACGCGGGAGUUCAACACUCUUCCCCGGGCCAGGAGCUCCAGGCGAGACGGCUCACUGUCUCGUAAGUCUUUUCACGAGGACAGCAGUGGUGCAUAUUUACAGGACAGUGAUACAACAGCAGCAACAAAAACACCACCAGAGUCUCUCGCCGGCAACAGAGUGCAAAAGUUUUACUCCAGCACUGACUCUGUGUCAGGAUCAGACUCGGAAAAGAAAAACGACAAAAGGAUUGUUGUACGUGUAUCAACCAACAGCAGCAGGAGCAGCAGCAGGAGCCCUGGUAAGAGAGAUUAUAAACAUAUCGAUGCACGUCCCCCUGAUGCCAGAAAACCUUUGAUCACAGAUGUGGAAGAGGAUGUUGGCAGCAGAGGGGUUCUUCCACCCUCUAAGUCUCACAGAAGUUAUCUUCACAGUGACUUUAUUCCCCUGCAUUCUGACAAGUGGCCCAGUGUCACCAAGAUUAGAAAACUUUUUGAUGAGAGACAAAGCAGAGCUGCACAGGAACACAAGGCGGACACUUGUGAGAAUUUAAAAGCAAUACAAGAGCUCGGCCCCAGUGAGUGUGUUCCCUAUUUGGAUAGAGGUGACAAACUCUCUCGUUGUAGCCCUGCUAAUGACGCAAGGAACGUUUCUUUCCAUAAUAGAUGCCAAGCAGAAACACAGAGCAGAGAAAGCACAACUAAGGAGACAUGUUGUUGUAUGGACUUGAAUUCCAAAGCUGGUCAACAGCAAUACUUGGUUGAUGAUGAGGUACUCAUAGAGACACAAAGUUCUCAUAACAACAAAGUUUCUGGUAGAAAGACUUUUCACGGCAGCAAAAGUAGAUGUCAUAGUUGCACUAGGGGUUGUCACCAGAAUAGAUCUUAUAGUCCCAGCACUGAGACAGAGGCAGGCUGUAAGACCCCCGCGACGCCAGGGUUGACAUCUGACUCCAACCCUGACCUUCAACCCCCUGCUACUUCGUCUUGGAGUCGAUCAUUGAGCACAGACCACUCCUGCCGCUCCUCCUCUCCUCAGCAGCCGACAGUGAGGGAGAGAAGGGAUAGACAGGGGGCCGGGCUGCCCAGGGAUAGUUUACAUUCCUCACAUAGCUCCUCUAGAGCACCAGCCCCCACCUCCUCCUCCCCCCCUCCUGCUCAAGCUCCAGAUAAAGCCAUUACCUCCUCCUGUACUGUAUCUCUCCCCGCUGAGCUAAGAGCCCCACCAAGAGUCGCCUCUCCUCUCAGCUCCCACUGGAGAUUUAGUUCUGGAGACGAAGAGGAGGAACACAAUAGGAGAAGAAAAGGAGGUGGUUCGAGUGGUCCCUCUGGCUCUGCACUACCUCUCUCUUACAGAGGAGAAAAGUGUGUCACAGAGCGAUGUGGCAGCUAUUUAUCCCACAACAAAAAUGGCUGGUGGGGUGCUAAGGGCAUUGGCAGGUCUUCUGGCAGUGAGGAGGACAGCCCUGGUUCUUUAGGCCCCCACAGUAGAGAGGCGGUGCGACGACGCUCGCUGAGAAAGAAGAAGAAGGUCAUUGGAGCUGUUCAGGCAACAGGCCGUGAUGAUUAUGGUGAUCAUGAUGGCGAAUCAGAAGACAGCGACAGUGACAUGGCCUUGACAAUGGAGCACUUAGAGAGGCCUCACCCACCAAACACAGGAGGAGAAUUUGCACGUGCAUUAUCUCGGAGCCAUUCAGCAAGAGAGCCUAUUGGUCGAAGUAACAGAGCCAGGGUGCAGCAAUGGGAGCGCAUCUCCUCAUCUGCGACAUCCACGGCCCUGCCUGGUGUAUCACGAGUAUCAAAGGUCAACAUCCCUCCAUUUGUGUGCAGUCCUGGUGGUUCACGUUGCAGCAGCCGGUACUCCAGCACUGAAACACUGAAGGAGGAGAGCCAUGGACGCUGCACUAACCAUGACACAAAUGUGAUUAAUACAAGUGAAGUAGGAGGCAGCACAAGCAGACCUGCAUCAUUGUCCAUGCUUAGUAAAACUUACCAUGGAAAUUUCACCAUGUACCGUUCCCCAAGCUUUGGUCAUGGAGAUAACUUCUCCCGCACCCCUGCACGAGUGCACUCCAAAUUUGUCCCUGUGGUAACGCCCUCGUCUAGUGUAGUUCCCACAGAAUGUGCUUUGUCAUCAGGGGUAAGUGAUAGUGAAACCAAGGCAGUAAAGAAGACAACAGGUGAUGGGGUAGAUGAUAAUAAAAACCGAAUAUCCAUGUCCAACCCUGAUAUCACCUCAGAAACCAUGACACUCUUAAGCUUCUUAAAGUCUGACCUUUCUGAGCUCAAGGUCAGGAAACCAAGUGCAGGGGACAAAUCUGGGGUUGUGGAGCGAUCAUCUGUAUUUAGGAUAGGCUCACGCUCUCAUGGUGGGACCCUUCUUUCUUCUGGUCAUCGUCCAACACUGAAAGACCUGACUGCGACCCUACGGCGUGCAAAAUCCUUCACAUAUUCAGACAAACCCACCACAGCUGAGAGACGUUACUUGAUAGGUGACACUACAAAGAGGAGCUCCUCUGAGCAGCAGCUAGAUAUGGAUGUUGAGAGGGACGGAGGCAGGAUGUUGGUGUCAGACAGGGAAGUAGAAAGUGAUGGGGGGGAUUUUGGGAGUGGUAGAAGACAAAGAAUGAGAGAUUAUGGAUUUGAUGUUGAUGAUGAUGAAGUGAUGCCGACUCCAUUGCAGGAGAAGUACGCGCAGGAAGCCAGGCAAGUUAUCCGAGAUAUUUGUCAGAUGAGUACAAGGGAAGAAGAUGAUGAUGUAUUUGAAAGGAGAACUAAUAAUAACUUGGAAGAUGAAUUUUUCCAGGUCCAGAAAACAAGUGAGGUGAAGGAAAAAGCAGAAUGGAAGGUUCACAAUCAGACUAGGACAGAUGAGACCGAGUUGAAAAACACAAAAGACAGUGAUAAAUAUGAGAGGGAGAGGGAGAACUGGGAGAGGGGUGAAAGGGGUGGAAAGAGUAUACAGUUCGAGAAGCUAAACAGCAGAGGCACAGAGAACAGGGAGAAGGCAAACAGACAGAGCAGAGAGACAGGAGCUUUGCUGAAGGGCGACUCAGAGGAAAGCAUGUUUUGCGACCGCUCUCUGGACGAACUUUCAGGUCAUGAAUCUAGUUUAACAGAUGAAGGGAUUGUGACAGAGCCAGAGGUAGGUCCAGGUGACCCCUCUGAGAGGUCAUUACUUGGGUCAGCAGGGAUUAAUCUGGGGUCUCGAAUGUCUAGGGAUGUGCUAGGGCAGCCAGUCACCAUAUGGAAGCAGUCGGCUCUCCAUGAGGUGGAAGGAUUUAAACAGAAGGCAGAAGAAACAUCAGGAAACAGUGUGUCUCCCUCCUUGCCUCUUUCUGCACACUUGGCUGAGAGUGACCACAUCAUCAUGGACAUGGACUCUACUGCUAGUGUCAGCAAUGUCAACUCUACCAGUGAGGAGAUUAACAAUGCAAUGUUGCAGGGGUCAGCAGCCGCCCUAGGAGGAAGAGGAGGACUUGAAACUCCUGCAACCCCAAGUGCUGUUCGUCGAAGGCGCAAGUUCUCCCCCUCAGGCUCCGAUUGCAGUAAUGUCAGUAAUGCAGAGUCAACAAUGCUAGCUGUUGGAAAUGGGGAGUCCACAGUCUACCGUUCUCUCAGUGACCCCAUGCCUCAGCGGUGUUGUUCUGUAGCGGAAGAAGGCAAUAACACAUUUUCCUCUGUAGACAGCAACCUUUUAGGAUCCCUGUCUGUCAAAGGAGGAGGUGGAGGCCUGUCAGAGGUCUCUGAUGUGGCCAUGGUGUCAGAAUACAAGGGCAGUGUGGCCAGUGACUUGUCAGUUUAUAGUGAUGGUGGACUCCGGGAUGAUGGCGUUCGUGACUACAGUGGAGUAAUUAGGAGCAUUGUAGCUGAACCAGGUGCAAUGGACAGAUUAAUGGCAGAUGACCAUGGCAAUGGGAAAGCUCCUAAGAAGAAGUCACUCAGUGACCCUAGUCGUCGGAGUGAUGCCAAUUUACUUUCCCACAGUGACCCACAGUUUAAAGGACAGUGCAGCAGCGCUCAACCAAUCAGUGAGCUUGACCCACCUGGCCAGAUCCCCCCUUCUAGUAGUGAGCCAAUCCUGAGUGAGCAGAGAGGGCAGCUGUGGGAGCCAGAAGCUAAACAUGAACAUGUAUCGCCAACAGAGCAGCAUCACCAUGCAGUCAAGAAGGCUCGAUCUCAGUCAGAGAGCCUCCCCCUCUCUGAUCACCAUGAUGAUGAAGAUGAUUACGUUGUACUCCAAGGAGAGGAGAAGGAUGAUGAGGUGAGGAAGUUUAACUUUGACCUCCAUCUUGCCGAGGCUCUGUCUCCAAGAAUGAUUCGCCGGCCCUUCAGGAAGCGUCCUAACAGACUGGCUCACUUUUUCCCUCAUGAGGACCCAUUCGAGCCUUCAGAGCAGAGUUUAGAGGGGCAGGAGUAUCAAACUGACCUCACUCCUCCCCUUCCCCAGCUGCGGUCUAAAUCCAAAACCAGACCCAAGCAUGUCCGCAAUACCAGCGAACCUGCAACUUUUAUCCCCAUCUCCCCACCUCCACAGCUCCAGUCAAUUACUGCAGAGCCUCCAACCUUAAGUAAGCCUUCAGGAGGUGAGGCUCCAUCUUUGGAAGAUGUAACUCAGAAGUACAUUCUUGAACUAAGCACCACUGAGAGAGACACUGAAGGCCCAGGGCCUCUUCCAGUGCCGAGAGAUGGAGCUGAAAUUUCGGUGUCGGCUUCAGAGGGGCCUAGUGAGACCAGCGCACAGGAAAUUACUGAAGUCGGGGCACAGAAGAAAGGCACAGAGGACGCUGCAUCUAUACCUGCACCGCAGAGACCCAAGCCCAGAGUGGACAUGAGGAAACAUGUCAUGAUGACCCUCCUGGACACAGAGCAGUCGUAUGUGGAGUCGCUACGCACUCUCAUUCAGGGCUACCUGCGUCCCCUCAAACAGCCAGACAGCGUCUCCAUAGUUGACCCUCUCCUGGUGGACGAGAUGUUUUAUCAGAUCCCAGAGAUCCUGGAGCACCACGAGCAUUUCCUGGAGCAGGUCGCCAGCUGCGUCAGCCAGUGGCACGACAGGCAGACUGUUGGACACCUUCUCAUCCAAUCAUUCUCCAGAGAGACUGUAGCUAAUAUGUAUUCAGCCUACAUAGACAACUUUCUCAAUGCCAAAGACGCAGUGAGGAUCGCCAAAGAGGCCAAGCCAGCGUUUCACAAGUUUCUGGAGCAAAACAUGCGUGAGAACAAGGAGAAGCAGGCUCUGGGUGAUCUGAUGAUUAAGCCUGUGCAAAGGAUUCCUCGCUACGAGCUGCUGGUGAAGGACCUGCUGAAGCACACUGCAGAGGACCACCCCGACCACCAGUUUCUUCUGGACGCCCAGAGGGACAUCAAGCGCUUGGCCGAGAAGAUCAACAAGGGACGUCGCUCCGCUGAGGAGGCAGAGAGGGAGGCGCGGGUCAUUCAGGAGAUCGAGGCGCACAUCGAGGGAGUUGAACAUAUUCUGAACCCACAGAGGAAGUUCUUGAGACAGGAAAUGGUCAUGGAGGCGAAGACAGUGGGUGGGAAGAAAGACCGUUCCCUCUUCCUCUUCAGUGAUCUGAUCAUCUGCACCACCCUGAAGAGGAAGUCUGGCUCAUUAAGACGCAGCUCCAUGAGCUUAUACUCUGCUGCGAGUGUGAUUGACACGUCUAGUAAAUACAAGUUCCUAUGGAAACUUCCUCUGGAGGACGUGGAAGUAGUGAAAAGCUCCACGCAGGCGACAAACAAGGAGAACAUCCAGAAGAUGAUCAGUCGAUUGGAUGAGGAUCUCAACACGGUGGGUCAGAUCAGCAAACUGUCCGAGACCCUGAGCUUCCCACACCAGUCCCUUGACGAGGCCAUAAAGGACCUGAUGGCGUCCGUGCACAGGGAGCUCUCGGAGAAACAGUCUGUGGCCUUCAGUAUGACUUUCCUGCCCACAAAGCUGGAGUUUAUGACAGCUUCUGCUGAGAGCACCUUUGUCUUUGAGUUUAACUCUCCUGACACGCGCUCCAACUUCGAACAGGCUUUUGAGGACGCCAAGAAGAAGUUAGCAAUGAAUAAGGACCAGUGGGACCCAGAGUUCCUGAAGGCAAUUCCUAUAAUGAAGACACGUAGUGGAAUGCAGUUUUCCUGUGCCUCUCCCAGCCACAGCUGUCCGGACAGCGGAUGUGAAGUGUGGGUGUGUAACAGUGAUGGCUACGUAGGACAGGUGUGUCUGUUGAAUAUCAAAGAUGAGCCCACAGUGGAGGCCUGCAUCGCCGUUUGCUCGGCGAGGAUCAUUUGCAUUGCUGCUGUACCGGGGCUCAAGGGAAGAGAGCGUGGAUCAGAGCCCACUGUCGUCUCUCCCUCCAGAGCACCUGGUCAGCAGCUCCACAUAUCUAUCUCUCAUUCUUCUCUGCAGAUGACGGAGCAACCUACUGGACCGGGAGCAGAGCUUGUUCCCUUUGACAGCGAUGACACGGAUGACGAGGAUUCACCCAGUCCUUCUUCCACUCUGCAGAGUCAGGCCAGUCAUUCCACCAUCUCGUCAAGCUACGGCAAUGAUGAGGGUCCAGGCUCCAAAGACAUGGCUACAGAAACCACCAGCAGUGAAGAGGAGCAGGAAUUCCCGGUGGCAAGCUCCUACGUAGCGCCGGGGAUGUUAGGGGUCGGCGGAGGAAGCCGUGCCCAGGCGGAGAGCCCCAUGGACGGUCGCGCCAUGCGCCGAUCUUCCCGGGGCUCUUUCACCAGGGCGAGCCUGGAGGAUCUGCUCAGCAUCGACCCUGAGGCCUAUCAGAGCUCAGUGUGGCUGGGCACGGAGGACGGAUGCAUCCACGUGUACCAGUCCUCGGACAACAUCCGCAAUCGUAAAAACAGCAUGAAAAUGCAACACUCGGCUUCCAUCCUCUGUAUACUGUAUUUGGACAACAAAGUAUUUGUGUCAUUAGCUAAUGGAGAGGUGAUCGUCUAUCAGAGAGAGGCAGGUAGUUUCUGGGACGCUCAGUCUUCUCAGACAUUAGUUUUGGGCACAUCCACUAAUCCUGUCACCAAAAUGGUUCCUGUGGGAGGGAAGCUUUGGUGUGGCUCACAGAAUAGAGUGCUCAUCAUCAACACCACUACCCUGGUACAAGAGCACUGGUUCCAGGUUGGCACUGACAGCAAUCGCUGUGUGACGUGUAUGGUGGCGUACGGUCAGGGCGUGUGGCUGGCACUGCAGGGCAGCGCGCAUGUCAAACUGUACCACGCUCAGACCUGGGAGAGCCUGACAGAAGUGGACGUGGCACCCGCCGUGCACAAGAUGCUCGCAGGUGCUGAUGCGAUCAUCCGACAGCACAAAGCCGCCUGUCUGAGAAUCACAGCGUUGCUGGCCUGCAAGGAUCUGCUGUGGAUUGGCACAAGUGCAGGCGUAGUCCUUACACUGGCGAUCCCAGCGGUGAGCUCAGGAAUUGGGGCAGGGUCUCUGAAAACUCCCCUGGUGCCGAUGGGCUCGGCUCACGGACACACGGGCCAUGUUCGCUUUCUGACAUCAAUUGAAAUACCAGAAGGUUUUGACAUGAACUUCCCUCCUCCAACAAAUGACUCUUCAGGCAACCAGUCCCAGAGUGCAAGCACAAUCGAUGGGAACCUCCAAAGGCGUGACUCGGCACAUCGCAGGGCCUCUGCCCUCAUCCCUUCAAAAACAAACCUUCUAGUCAUUUCUGGUGGCGAUGGCUACGAGGACUUCAGACUGACCAACAGCAGUGAGACAGUUGGACGGGAUGACAGCACCAACCACCUUUUGCUUUGGAGGGUGUGAGACAGUCAUACCCAGUUCCCUGCCUCUCGCUGAAGAUGGCGCACAAGCUCCUGUCCUCUCCUCUCCCUGUGAUUGUUGAUGUGUUGGUCUUCUGCUCGGUCCACCAGUCUCUAUGUGCAUAAUGUGACUGUCAACUCUCCUCUUUGACUGACAAGUGAAUAUGGUCACCUCGGACUCCCGUUUUCUCGUGUCAUUUCCCGUGUCAUGUUUCCGAUGGUGUGUGUGUGUGUGUGUGUGUGUGUGCGUAUUUCGGGCGGCUGUGAGUAUCGUACAGAGAGACACGGAGGAGACAGAGGAGAGAAAAAAUUUCCACGAGUAGAAUAAGAGGUGACAGUGAGGACUUCCACAGGAAUACGUCUCAAUAAAUGCAGACAUGAGUGAAGGAUUGCUAUUUUUUUUUCUGUUUGGACGUACAGUGAGAGUUCAAAUAUAGUAGGCAGGUUCUGUCAAUGUCUGUGAGCAUCUAAAUGACUAAAUGAUGGCGUAUUUCACUCCCUGCAUGUGACAAAGCCAGAUCUGAGAUCUGAAUCUCUAACUCUACAGCCAUUGCUUAUAGAGAUGAGACUAAACCCAAAUCAUCUUUUCUCUUGUAGAGGGAGAGCAUCGUUUAAGUGCAAUAUCUAUGGCGUAUCUUAUGUAAUCACAUGCAUAAAGUCACAUUAAUGCACAGCCUUCACUCACUCGAUCCCAUUUGUGAAAAACGUUGACAUGUUUUUCCCCGCAGACGACGACAGCGUCUCUAUUUUUUCCCUAUUUAACUCGUGCAGCCAGUUUAAGUUGACGUGAAUGUAGAUCCCACUACUUGUAGGAAAACAAAGCAAGUGCAUUGCAUUUAUUCUGCCCUAACAUGACUGUGUGAGGCCUUUUAUGUGUUAAGGCUUUGACACCUUUUGCCAUGAUAUUUCAUUUUAUUGAUGAUUCUGUCCGCGACUCUCAUGUGGAGGAUAAAGCGGUUGUCGAUGGAUGGAUGGAUGAUGAUUCUGUUCGGAGGGAAUUUGGAGCUGGCUCUGCUGAUUCUUACAGCAGAGAUGACGCGAGGCUGUGGUAGCAGAUAAAGAUAGUUAUGUACAGUAUUUAUGUUUUUUGUUUUUUUUUAUUUUACCGCCUUCUUUUACAGCACUUAAUUUAUAGAAGAUGUAGCUUUUCACUUUUUCUUGAUGAGUAGAAGAACACAGGCUUUGGCCUGAGCUGUGGCAGACAGACACGCAUGCACGCUAGGGGUGAACCAAGAUAGUCUCCUGCUUUUGUAUGAUGCACAAAUCGGGACUCUCAAGUGACCGGCUAAGAAAAUAGAGGAAAUUCUUUGUCACGACAAAACGUGCUUGACUGCAAAUCAGUCCAGCUUUCAAAAUUGUUUUCAAAAUGGUAUCUGACUGCAGAUGUAGGGCGGACUGAGAGUGGGUCUGGAGAACAAACGCCGAGCACCUGCACGUGCCUCGCGCGGUUAACGCUAAGCCAUGUUACAGAGACACACACACACACACGCAGUGAAAGGUCAGACACAAACGUGAAAACACACAAACGCACAAACUGGCCUUGAGCUUUGGGGUUAAGCAGUGAUUGCCACUGAUCCCACCGAGCUUAGAAAACCUCACUCAGCCAUCUGGGCACUUUACCUGGGCUUUCACACUUCAAACACGUCCACAUCUCCUCAGUGAGAGGGGCUCAAGAGUUAAGAGGAUUGGCUGGCCAUUGUGAUAGCUGCUAACUUGUGGGCUCUUUGUAAGUGCAAGGGCGAACGGCUUUGUCACUGUGCGUGCUCCACAAGUGCUUCAGUUAUUCCGGUAAAAAUGACAAAAAUGUUUUUGUUUUUUGCCCAUAACUGAAUAACCUGCAUACAAAGCUGGAGGAGAGUUUGAUAAAUAUAAAUACCACUCACAAGUUUUACUGCAAUGAUAUAGUGAUUUAGCGAAGCGUAACUAGGCUGGAAAUGUGGUGAAACUGCUGACCACCGCGUCUUUUUAAAGAUAUAAUUUAGGUGAUGUUGUUUCUUCAGUAACCUAACCCAAAUUUGAAACCAUCGCGUUGAAGUUGGAGGUUUGUGCCAAUCGUUGAUAUUUCUUGGCAGACUCCACAGACCCCGUUUCCUGUCUGUACGCUCCGCUAAUCAAAGAGUAUCCUGGUGGAGGUCUCGGGGUAUGUAUCCCCAUGCAGAAAACUAAUUACAACCUGAAUGGUCCAACGAUAUCAUGUACGGUAGCAGUGUCAUUUUCAUUUUGCAUUCUGAAAAGUUCAUGUUUGUGUUCCUUGUGCCAAGUUUACCCAUGACGAUGCUGUAUAUCCUGUCUAUGCUGUCUGUAGAGCAAGUCUGCGCCGAAUGGAGUCAGUUUCUAUGAAAAGUGGAGAAUUAGUGUUAGUAGCAGCAGAAACAUGUAACUGUAGUUUCUCGAAGGAGUCGGAAGACCCAGGCCAAUGACCCCGCUCGUGGUUUUCCCAAAACGUGCUGCCGUAGUUGAAGUCUUUAAUUUUUCUUUAAAAAAAACCUGCCUUAAUAAUGAUAAUAAAACACUUUCACAUUUCCUGAGUAUGAUCACCUCAGUAUGAGUGAGCGAUCUUAUUUCCUGCAGUGCAUAGUAGGUUUUUGACACCCGAUUGUGAUUCAAAAAUAACCUCGUGCAAACGCGCGUGUGAUCUUAAAUAUGAAGUAAAACUAAUUUGACGAGUAAGGGAAUGAAGCAUGUCGUGUGCCAAGAGACAGUCUCACUUUAUUUUCACCAUCACAAUAAACACACCCUAUCAUCACUGAUUUAACUCCCAGAAACCUAUAAGUAACCUCCUAAUGCCCUUAUGUGAACGGUCUUUAUUGUUGUAAAUAUUGGUAUAUAUUGCCUUUUUUUAUGUAAAUAAUGCACCCAUGAUCCUCAAUUGUUCAUAUGAAUCUAAUGGCAUAUUUUUUAUAUAUUUGUGUACGGUUUGUUUUUGUUUCUUCUCCCCAACCUCCUCUCUCUCUCUCUCUCUCUCUCUGGCAUGCACUGUCACGUCAGUCACGUUUAAAUUAUAAAUGUCGUCUUUUCCAGAAGCAGCCACAGAGAGCUGCUGAUGUGACCAGGCCCGGCUGAAACGAUGCGAGUUGUCAAAACUCUGUAUAUUUCUGCUUGAUAUCAUGCAGUUGUCAUGGUUACGGUUAUAUCUUGAGUUCCUACCUGUAUGUAGCUGUUUCCUUGUUUUGUCACUGUGGGUUUCUCUUGUAAUUAAAUCAGUUCACGGGU